AUGGAAAUCACUGAGCACAACGCUAAAUAUCCUCAUACAACUUUUGGAGUGACUACAUUUACAGAUAGAACAGAUGAAGAAAUGAAACAGAACAGUGCACUGCCAAAAUCAACGAAAGCAACUGCUUGGACAAAGGAUAAUUUUUGCGAGCCAGGCGUCGUAGUAAUUGAUGAUUACGAUGAUAAUGACUACACAGAGCGUAAUGCAGUUGACUGGAGAAGUAAAAACAAAGUUAGUCCGGUUAGGCAUCAAGGCUCGUGCGGUUCAUGUUGGUCUUUUGCUGCAAUAGCUGUUAUAGAAAGUGCUUUGAUGAUUCGACAGAACAUAUCAGAAGAUUUAUCAGAACAAGCAGUUCUUGACUGUGCACGUGAUAGUUAUGGUCAUACUGGUCAAUAUGGCGUUUAUCGUGAGAGAGAUGUGCCAUAUGUUGGGUACCAACAAAAUUGCAGACAAUCAACUAGACCUGCUUAUCGCACGGGUGGACACGUACCAAUUGAACCAAACGCAGAUGCCAUCAGAAGACAUAUCGCCAGUCAAGGACCUGUCGCUGCUGGUUUUACGGUUAGUCGAGAAUUUUUCAACUACCGUGAUGGCGUUUAUUCAGGAUGCUCCGAUGCUUCUUAUGGCGGUCAUGCGAUAGCGAUUGUUGGAUAUGGAAAAGAUUCAUUGUCUGGAAAAGACUACUGGAUUAUUAAAAACAGCUGGGGAACAAAUUGGGGAAAUGGUGGAUAUGUAAAAUUUGAAGCUGGAAGAGAUCUUUGUGGUAUCGAAUCGCGCGUUAUUGCGCCAGUUAUGUGA